CUCACAAUCUGGUAUCACUGAUUGACCAUAUGUUGAUUUAUCCAGCUGACAUUUCAGAACUUUGAAAUUUUGCUUCACAGUUUAUGGAAUAUAUCAAAAUUUUUGCACAUAAAAACGCCAAUUGAAGAACAAUUUUAUUACAAAACAAAACAUCUUCAAUCAAUUACAACUUAUUUGUAAAACCAAGAAAACAACAAAAAUGCAACAUUGCUAUAAUCGUGGCUGCGGACAAACGUUUGACCCAGAAAAAAAUUCAGACGAAUCCUGUCGUCAUCAUCCCGGAGCUCCUUACUUCCAUGACGCCUACAAAGGUUGGUCAUGCUGCAAUAAAAAAUCUGUAGAUUUUACAGAAUUUUUGAGCAUCAAAGGCUGCACGCUCUCAAAGCAUUCGAAUAUCAAACCGCCUGAGCCGGAGAAACCCGAAAGGAACGAUGAUGACAAAAAUGAAGUUAUAGAAGUGCGAUCGCCUAUUAAGGAGUCAAUGGAUCGACCACCCAUUGAAACUCCAAUGAUUGUUGUACAACCAACUGUCGCUCAAGCAUUAAGAGAUGCCAUAGAUACACUGAAAGUGAAAGUUGGCGUUGCUAGCGAAGCCACCACGGACUCUGGCGCCAUCCCCAUAGGUACUUCUUGUAAAAAUAAAGGCUGCACAUGCUCGUUUACUGGAACUGCGGCUGAUCAUGGCGAGUGCGUUUAUCAUCCUGGUGUUCCUAUUUUCCACGAAGGAAUGAAAUAUUGGUCGUGCUGUCAACGCAAAACAAGUGAUUUUGCUGCAUUUAUAGCGCAAAUAGGCUGUGCAUCCGGUGAACAUAAAUGGUUCAAAGAGGAUGACGACAAGCAAGUAGUAAAUUGUCGCUACGAUUGGCAUCAAACUCCUACCCAUGUAAUUGUAUCCAUUUAUGCCAAAAAGUAUCAUUACAGGCUUAGUAAAGUCGAAGUGAAUCCAAUACGAUUACAUGUGAACCUUGUAUUUCCUGAACAGGAAGACGCACAGUUCGAUUUGGAACUGGAAUUGCGUGGGAUAAUUGAUGUCAGUAAAACUACAGCCCAUAUGUAUGGCACCAAGGUGGAGAUUACUAUGCCAAAAGCGGAACCUGGUUCAUGGCCGAAAUUGGAUUUCCCACGCGAAAAAUUGCCACCUGUGCUAAAGCCAAAUGAAAAUAAAAUCAUUGCUUCCAAUCAAAGAAAGAGCUCCGAAUCUGACGAUGGUUUCAAUUUGGAUGAUAUUGAAACGGUGAAUACUGGCAUCAGACUCACGGAUAUAAGUGAUAACAAAAACCAUUUGGACUUGUCACUAUUUGUCAACUUUGAGGUUACGAUUUUCGGUUGGAAUUGUUGGCUGCUAGAAGAUUUCGAUAGCCCCGUGAAGAGAUUUUUGGUGGUUGAACGCAAAUUACAUAACGCAGUACUAACUCAUCACAAUGUCCCAAGCUCCAGCGUAGGCUAUGGUGCUUUCCAUCAAAACAGAUUAUCAAAGAAGGAAGCAAAGGUGCGCGAAAUCGAAGCACAACAAAAGGAGGUGCGCGAUGCUAAAUUGGCCGAAGAGAAGAAACGUGCGGCUGAUGCGGAAGCUCAAAAAUUAAUUAAUACAUGUAGCAUGGCGAACUGCUCGCUUUUUGGUGGUUUUAAUGCAGUAGGAGGUACCAAAAAAAGCAACAACCAAGUUAAGCAGCCUGUGCAGUAUGCAACGCCAGGGCCCUUCACCAAGUCAAAACUUUUUCAGGAUUGUCCGGAAGCGGAUAUACGUGUGCUCAAGGAAGCAGCUGCCAAAGUCGUUGCCCAACCUGCAUCGGUUUUACUGCACUCGCCCUUAUCGACAAAAUGGUCGCAUUUAACUACAGGCUGUUCCGCUUUGGAUAACUGUUUACGAGGCGGUAUCGUAACGCGUGGUAUAACAGAAAUUUGCGGGGCUUCGGGUGUUGGAAAAACACAAUUGCUUCUGCAAUUAUCUUUGACGGUACAACUACCUAUACACCUUGGCGGUUUGGGCAAAGCAGUUGCCUUCGUUUGCACUGAAGACGCAUUUCCUUCAAAGCGUCUGUUUCAAUUGGCCAAAUGGAUAACUAAAUGCUUUUAUACCUGUUUCAAUUCUCUCUUUCUCUCGAUGCCAUNUUGUCCGGAAGCGGAUAUACGUGUGCUCAAGGAAGCAGCUGCCAAAGUCGUUGCCCAACCUGCAUCGGUUUUACUGCACUCGCCCUUAUCGACAAAAUGGUCGCAUUUAACUACAGGCUGUUCCGCUUUGGAUAACUGUUUACGAGGCGGUAUCGUAACGCGUGGUAUAACAGAAAUUUGCGGGGCUUCGGGUGUUGGAAAAACACAAUUGCUUCUGCAAUUAUCUUUGACGGUACAACUACCUAUACACCUUGGCGGUUUGGGCAAAGCAGUUGCCUUCGUUUGCACUGAAGACGCAUUUCCUUCAAAGCGUCUGUUUCAAUUGGCCAAAGUAUUUGAAAAGCGUUUUCCCGAAAACCAAACCAACUAUAUGGGAAAUAUUUUCAUAGAACAUGUACUAGAAGCGGAUGACCUAUUGCAGUGUGUGGGCGCGCGAUUGGCAAAUUUAAUGGAAUCAGUAAGCAUUGGCCUUAUUAUAAUAGACUCAGUGGCAGCAAUUUUUCGCACUUACAACAACUACAUUAAACGUGCGCGUGACAUGCGCAACCUAGCCAACCACCUGCUGCACUACGCUGAUAAAUAUAAUUGUGCGGUGGUUUGUGUGAAUCAAGUCGCCACUGCGAGUGAUGCCGCAAAAGAAACACCAUGCUUGGGUUUAGCUUGGGCUCAUUUAGGGCGAACACGCAUAAAACUAUCCAAAGUGCCGAAAGAAGUAAAAAUCAAUGAUGAUUUAUUUACAAUACGCCGGUUCGAAAUUGUAUACUCGCCAGAUACACCAAAUGAAGUGGCUGAGUUUUUAAUAACUGCCGGUGGCGUGGUCGAUGUUCCUGUAUAGUCAAAGUACAAUCAUCC